AUGUCCCACUCGAACUCCGCUCAUCUUCCUACAAAUCUAUGGAAACCGGAUAGAGGGUUUGGUCGAGAGGAUCCGCCCUCCGAAGCAUAUGUUAGCUAUCUAGUCAGUCCCUACGGUCAAAUCCAAUUGCCUACCAACCCUCCUCCCCCUCUCCUAAAUUCUGGGACCACCUUCUUUGACGUAUGUGGUGCCCAAAGCCGAAUUAAUUCAGCUAUUUCAUCAGGUCGCUAUCCACGAGCAAGAAGCCACAGUGCAACUGGAUUGCGCAAUACUAUCUGGAACACGCCAGCCGCAGGUCUUGGAGGGGGACGCAGCAGUCUUCAGUUGGCCGACAACUGUGCUUUGGAACUCUCUCCCGCUAGCUCUCAUCGCAAUUCUCAGCAUCACACCCAAUACCUACCUCAGGAGCGCAAUCAUCAAAAUCAGUUGCUAAAGCAAGGCUACUCAAAAUCACUCACCUACCAGCCAGCACCCGGAUUGCAUGUCUUUGGCCCUUCUGAAGGACACCCUGCAAGUCGGCCUGCUGACAUCGGUCCCUUGAUAACAGCGCCUGGCUGGGGAUUCAGCCAACCUCUAAACCGGCGACGGAUUCUGGCCAAUGCAAAUGCUGGUCUCUCUUCCCCCGGGACCACCAUAGCCUCGACUCGCCCAUUCACGAUGCUUCGUCAAGUGGGCCGGGCCAGCUCACUUGGACGGCCUGGAACAACGCAACAGCAAAAUUAUACAAGCAAUCUCUUUGUAUCGCAGAGACAAAGGGAGCGCUUGCCAUUGCAGCAGCAACAGCCACAACAGCGUAGCAGAAGCAAGAAUCAGUAUCAACAUCGGCCACAGCACCAGCAUAUACACAACAUGGAGGGUGUUGCGACAGCUACCGCGACUGUGAAGUCAAUGGGGAUGCCGGCAAAUCAAUAUCACAAGGAUGAUUCAGCAUUACCAUGUAUGUAA